UUCAUCUGAAAACAACUCUCAACGCUGUCCGAAUCUGAACCGAAAAGACUGUACCAACGUAUAUUAUAACAAGGAGAAAGGGUGGUGGGGGAAAUUCUCCUAUGUCCAAAAAAAGCAAAAAUUCCAUUUUCGUCAGCAAUACACCCCCUUUUUUUUGAAUUCUUUCGUUUUAAAAAAUGUCACAUAAACGUUUGGUUAAGGAUUUAUUACCUCUCAAGAUAACAUCGCCUCCUGUUUCUUUGGGAAAAGGUGAUUGGCUCGGUCUGGAAUAUGUCAACUAUAGAGAUGAUAAGAAUGUUGAACGUCGAUGGGAACGUUGCAUCAGAAAUCAACAACGACCAUCACAGUCAGAAGGCACAGUAGCAGUGAAUGCCAUUGAUAUUCAUGCUCUUCUGUUGCCUGAAGGAGGAAGUCAAGAACCGGAAAUUCUACUCGUUAUUCAAUAUAGACCAGCCAUUGAACGUUAUUGUAUAGAGUUUCCAUCAGAUGCGAAUGACCACGAUCCAUUGGAUUGUGCGCAAAGAGAACUACGCGAAGAAACUGGCUAUCUGAUACCCAAAGAUCAGUUUGAACUAGUACAAGUUCCAGUUGCUUACGAACCGGGCUUAACGAAUUCAUGCUGUUAUAUUGCAAGAGUCACCAUUGAUACAAGCAACAAAGAGACAUCGCUUGCUCAAGAACCAGCAUUGGAACCCGAUGAAUGGAGCUUGCAAAGUAUCAAGUUGCCUUUGAACGACUUACUACAUCAUUUGACCGAAUUACAAAAGGCUCAAAACGGAUUGUUGAUGAUCGAUAGUCGAUUGCAUGCCUUUGCCUCUGCCUUGGAUAUAAGUAAGAAGCUGUCUUUGUCGUAGAAACGGUUGAGACACAAAGGGAAAGAGAAUCAAUACAAGCUUUUAGCCAAAAAAUUAAAAAAAUCAAAUCCAGAUUCAAAAUAAAUCAAGCACCUUUUUUUUUUUUUC